CGCGGGGAUCCCUCCCGCUUCUGAGGGGUUAGAGUUGAAUUGGUCCCUUCCGGAGCCUCACCCAACUUCUGGGCCCUCGGGCUCGCCCCGGGUGGAGCCCCACCGUGGGCCGGGCGGCGGCGGCUGACCCCAGCAGGUAGCCCUGCGCCUGGACUUCGGUAUCAUUACUUCGGGCCUCCAGGAUGGCGCUCCAGUUCCGCUCGCUCUUCCCCUUGGCGUUGCCUGGAAUGCUGGCACUCCUCGGCUGGUGGUGGUUUUUCUCUCGUAAAAAAGACCACGUGAGCAGGCACAGCCGGCAGGCGGAGGCCAGCGCUGCGGAGCUGAGCGCCGACUCUGCCGUCAAGGAGCCUCCCCCCGUGGAGGAUGUCUGUGCCGCAGUCGUGUCCGCACCCCCCAGCGUCACACAGCCGCCCGAAAAGGAACCAUCCGCCGCGAGCAAACCUUCUGCAGAGCCCCCAGCCUUGCUGCGGAUACAAGCGGCCCGUCGGAGAUCAGAGUCCUCGGGCAGCCUUCCCAACGCCACAGACACAAGACCUCGACCAGGAACACGCAAAGACGACAGUGCAAAGCUGGACCUAGCCCUGACGGGUGAUGAUGCCAAAUCUAUUCCUCCAGAGUGUCCCCUUUCAUCCCCAUUUCCUCAUGAAGCAGCCGAGGUGUGUAAGCAAGAGUCCGUGUUCAGCAGGACGCCAGGGCGGGGCUGGCCAGGCCAGUCGGCAGCGCCCGCUGAGAAGCAUGGCCCUGGGGACAGGGCACGAGAGACGGGUGGGGCCGAAGGGACCGGCGAUGCAGUGUUGGGGGAGAAUGUGCUCGAAGAAGGUCUGUUGUCCCAGGAGCGUGUCUCGGAAUUGGAGAACAGCAAGGCCCCCCGCCUGGCCCCCUUGGGAGGAGGCGGGGAGAAGGGGAGGAGCGGCCUGCCCCAGGUGCUCGUGCCCACACAGCAGAAGGAAGAGUAUGUGGUAGGGAAGUUGCUAAGUAGCUUCAUCGAGUCCGCUCACACGGAGCUGGCUAAGGAUGAUGAGACGCCAGCACCUAGCGUCAGAGGCGGCAAAGCCUGGGACAGAGACCUUGCGGGAGAACUGGGCAACGAGGAGAGCUUGGAUAGAAGUGAUAAGAUUGAGCAGGCUGCCUUCCAGAUAAUCUCCCAAGUGAUCUUGGAAGCAACCGAAGAAGUGCUGGCUACCACGGUGGGCAAGAUCGCGGGGCGGAUAUAUCAGGCCUCGGCCGCUCAGCUCCAAGGUCAGAAGGAGCAGAGCUGUGUCCCAGGCAGCCCCAAAACUGUUCUGGGUCAAAAUGCCGCGGAGCCCACCCUGGCCACAGCAGAGGCAGCCACUAGCCCACUGGAUGCGGCCCCACCUGCGCCAGCCCUGCUGGCAGAGGACCUGCCACCACCAAAGACCUACGUGAGCUGCCUGAGCAGCCCUCUGUCCAGCCCCACCAAGGACAAUAAGCCAAAGAACUCCGCACACCCCAUCGCCCUGGCCCCCUGCCCCCCACCGGCCGCCCCCCUUAGAGAGUCACUGGAUGGGGAAGAUGCCACCUGCAUGUCGGACAACAGCCAAGGUGUCCCUUCGGUGGCCUCCUCGGGACACUGCUCUGAUUCCCUCAGCACUUCAGGGCUCGAAGACUCCGGCACAGAGACCAACUCAAGCCCCAGGGACAAGGCCAUCACCCCACCGCUGCCGGAAAGUACUGUGCCCUUCAGCAAUGGGGUGCUGAAGGGGGAGUUGUCAGACUUGGGGGCUGAGGAUGGAUGGACCCUGGACGCAGAAGCAGAUCAUUCGGGAGGUUCCGAUGGGAACAGCAUGGAUUCGGUGGAUAGCUGUGGCAGCCUCAGGAAGACCGAGGGUUUCCAAAAUGCCCAGGCAGGCUCCAGCCCCAAGAAGGUCGACCUCAUCAUCUGGGAGAUCGAGGUGCCAAAGCACUUAGUCGGUCGGCUAAUUGGCAAGCAGGGGCGGUAUGUGAGUUUCCUGAAGCAAACAUCUGGUGCCAAGAUCUAUAUCUCAACCCUGCCUUACACCCAGAGCAUCCAGAUCUGCCACAUAGAAGGCUCUCAGCAUCAUGUAGACAAAGCACUGAACUUGAUCGGGAAGAAGUUCAAGGAACUGAACCUUACCAAUAUCUACGCUCCCCCACUGCCUUCGCUGGCGCUGCCUUCUCUACCAAUGACAUCCUGGCUCAUGCUGCCCGAUGGCAUCACUGUGGAGGUAAUCGUGGUCAACCAGGUCAACGCCGGGCACCUGUUUGUGCAGCAGCACACACACCCUACCUUCCACGCGCUGCGCAGCCUCGACCAGCAGAUGUACCUCUGCUACUCUCAGCCUGGAAUCCCCACCUUGCCCACCCCAGUGGAAAUAACGGUCAUCUGUGCUGCCCCCGGCGUGGACGGGGCCUGGUGGCGAGCCCAAGUGGUUGCCUCCUACGAGGAGACCAAUGAGGUCGAGAUUCGGUCUGACUUUGUCACCCUGCCAUUCCAGGGAACAGAAGUCCUUCUGGACAGCGUGAUGCCCCUGUCAGAUGAUGACCACUUUUCACCUGAGGCAGAUGCCGCCAUGAGCGAGAUGACGGGGAACACAGCACUGCUUGCUCAGGUGACAAGUUACAGUCCAACUGGUCUUCCUCUGAUUCAGCUGUGGAGUGUGGUCGGAGAUGAAGUGGUGUUGAUCAACCGGUCGCUGGUGGAGCGCGGCCUUGCUCAGUGGGUGGACAGCUACUACGGAAGCCUUUGACCCCCGGUCCCACAGCCGCAGCUUGCGCCUUUUUUGCACUGUCGAAAUCGGGCUUGGCACUCGAGGCAAAGAUUUAACAUCAGAAUAACAAACAUUGUCCUCUCCAGAAAGUCCUCUUUUUUCUCCUCAUACUGUAGUCCUGUUGAGAUGUUGUUUCAAAAGGGCGGAGCUGUGGGUUCUUUUCAAAGCCAUAGGAUAGUGUUGGACAAGCCAAUUGGCUGAACCUGAUUCUAAACUAUUUAAAAAAAAAAAAUUGAAGAAAACCAGUCUCCACCAGGUUGUCCUAUUCCGCCUCUGUCCCUGCCCUCUUCCCCGAGCCCCUGCCCCAGCAAAUCCAGGCAGUUGCGGGGACAGGCCAGGGGCUGCGUGGUGCUGGCUUGGGAGGGUUUCUUUUCACAAUCUUUCUUCAGGGAGCAAGACAUGAACUAAUUGGUCAUCAAUUACUUGUACAGCUUACAUAAAUGAAUUGCCGACGUAACCAGUUUUUAUAAACUCCAUCUAGGUCUCUAGGAGCACAGACUUUUUUUAAUGCAGAUGUAACUAUGAAGUGAUCGUCACACCUCUGACCUCAGUCCGUGGGGAGGGGAAUGUUAUCCUGCCAAGCCUGGUAGUAAUUUGUAACCAUUUUCUAUUUGUGCAGACUCUGUAAAUAUGUUUAAAAAAUGUAAUAUUUUGUAUAAGAUACACUGGAGAACAAAGGGAACUUGAGGUUUUUCCACACCACGUGUCGUCUGUAAGUAGAAGUUAAUUCUGCAGAGUGCAGCCGCCGCGCCCCGCCCCUCUUGCCAGGGGCUCUUGUGGCUUCCUGCGUACUGGACAGGGUGACUGUAUGGUCUAGACUGUGAUCUAGGGGGUUUUGCUGUACAAAUUUGUUAAAAAAAGGAAAAAAAAAAACUAACUCAUUGAAUUAUCUUGCAGUGGUGUGUUUGAUUCUUUUUUAGACUGGCUUCAGUAUU